UGCCGCGCCGCUGCCGCCGCCAUUUUGCGCUCGGCUGAGGAGCGGGCGGCAGCGCUGGGCUCAAUGGGGCUCGAUGGCAUCGAUAGGAGCGGUCAGCAGCGAUGAGGAGCCGCAGCGGAGCCCCUGGGCAUUCCCCGCCGCGAGGAACAGAAGCAAAAUGUUCCUUUUGCAAGCAGAGAGGUUUGAUUGUUAAUCCCCACGAGAACCCCAAUGGAUGUGCCAAUGCCUCUCUGUCAGCUUGUGUGCCUCACCUUUCUGUCUACAGCUGUUUGCAGCCUGCCUGAAAGAAUUUUGGAGGGGCUUCCUUACAACCUCCAGAUGGACUCCCACAAUUUCCAGCACAUUUUGUCCUGGCAGGCAGAACAUGACCCAGCUGUGCCAGCAUCCUACAACGUUCUCUACACAGACCGCAGGAGCCAGAACUGGAUGAGUGCUCAGCAGUGUUUGGGCAUUGCCCAGCUCUCCUGUGAGCUGACAGAGGAGUUCAAGGACACAUCCACUGAGUAUUCUGCACUUGUUCAGAGAAUUGGAGGAGCUCAGGUGCUCAAUUCUUCUGUGCUGCGUUUUGUGCCACUCACUGAGACAUUUCUGGGACCACCAGAAGUGAAUAUCACUUCCUGUCCAAAUUGCCUCAAUGUCACCAUAAAGCUGCCAGCCUCUCACUUCAGACACAAGGGGAAGCUGCUGUCUUUAAUUGAUAUCUAUGAAGAGAUGGAUUUUGAUAUCACCCUGAAAUCACAGGACGGAGAGCACAAGAGGCCACGGCAGAGAACCACUGAAGAGGUGUUCAGUGUUGUCAUUGAGGAAUUGUAUCCCAGCAGGAAUUACUGUGUGUCUGUGGGGGUCACUGCAUCCCUGAACAAGAAUUCUGUCCCCUCCCCCUGGAAAUGUGUCACUACAGACUCAGAGGUUCAGCAAGGGUAUCACGAAGCUGCAGUGGCAGGUGCUGUCUGUGUCUCACUGAUAAUUGCUGCAGUCCUGAAGUGUGUGCAUGCAGCAGGUUUUAUCCUCCCCAAGUUUUCCCUUCCUCAGACCCUGGCAUACAUCAGGAAGUUGGCCUACUCCCCUUGGGUGUCUGAGUCAGAAACAGUGGCCUCUGUGGAGAUCAUCCCCAGAGAGGUGAAAAGCAAGGCCAGGGGCUGCAGAGGCACUGCCAGUGAUGACAGUGACAGCGACAGCAGUGACAGUGACAGCAGUGCCCUGUAUGACCACAACUACACGUGGCGGGACAGGCUGGGCAGGGCCAGUGUCCCCCAGGGCUGUGACACCCCCAGCAGCCUGGGGCAGUACUCAGUGGGCAGCACCUGUGAGCCCAGCAGCAGCCAGGCUGGGGACACGCCAGCUGCUGAGCCACAGGAGCCCCAGGGACACCCUGAAGGGGACAGAGACACGAGGAGCACGUUCCUGAGCCCUCUGUCUGGGGACAGCUGUGAGCCCCAGGGGGACAGCGAGUGCUUCACCAUCAGCCUGGACACGGUGCUGCUGGGAGCCCUGGAGCAGGACGGGCACGGCCCUGCAGCUGCUCCCCCAGCCCAGGAGGAUGCGGGUGACUGGCACUGUGCUCAUGCUGAGGGGGAAAAGCUGCUGGAGGACACGGGAAGCGGGCAGGGAGCGCCUUGCUCCAAUGACUUCCAUGAGUGGCAGAACUCCUCCUGUUGCUCUGAGGAGAGCGACUCUUUGGACUCGGACACAGAGCAAGUAACGGGGUACAUGAGGAGAUGAAGGGAGAACUGCUUUUACUUUAUAACCUGGGAACUAGUGCUGUUCAACUCUUAUUUCUGGACUGAACGCACAGAUCUUGUCCUUUCGUUAACAUCCUGUGAGUGUGGGCUCCUGCAGAAAGAGCUGGGCAUCUCUGUCUGGAGAAGGAUCCAGAGAGACCUUAGAGCCCCUUCUGUGCCUAAAGGGCCUCCAAAGGAGGGGCUUUGGACAAGGGAUGGAGGGACAGGACAAGAGGAAAUGGCAUCAAACUGACAGAGGGCACUUUCAAAUUAGAAAUUUUUCCCUGUGAGGUUGGGAAGAGACAGUUUCCAAGGGAUGGAGGGCCAGGAGCCAGGGAAUGGCUCCCAGUGCCAGAGGGCAGGGCUGGCAAAGAGGAAUUGUUCCCUGGCAGGGUGGGCAGGGCUGGGAUGGAAUUCCCAGAGCAGCUGGGGCUGCCCCUGGAUCCCUGGCAGUGCCCAAGGCCAGGCUGGACACUGGGGCUGGAGCAGCCUGGCACAGAGGAAGGCUGGUCUCCCAUCCAGGCCACUUUUACAGUUUUUUUAUUCUUUAUCUCUCUUACUGGAUUUUUGUGAAACCUGUUCUGCUGGCUGGAUGCUGUAUUUGUACAGAGAACACUGAUCAAGUGGAAUAAUGGGCGCAGAGACAGGAAUACUCAGCUGACAAAAGAGCAGAUCGAGGCAUUAAUGCACUUAUUGAAUUUAUUUUUAUAUAAUUUUGUACAAUUACUGAUUCAUAUUAAAAAUUUUUUUAUGACAUUUAAAA